AUUAUCUAAAUAAUUUGAGAUUGAAAAACAAAAUGUCUUAAUGCGUAGAUGAUUAUAACACUUGUCUUAAUUGAUUUGUUUGUGUGUGUCUUGUUUUCUAAUCUUCUAGUCUUAAAGUAUAGUCAAUAAAUAGUUUAAUACUUCUAUAGUAAUAAUGGUAAUAAAUUGCUUUGUUUAUUGACGUCACACGCCAGUAUUUUUAUGUAUAAAAAUGUGAAGCAAAUACACAAUUUGGUCCAACAGUAAACCAACUCCUCUGUCUCUCUCUCAUUUGUUCUUGAAUUUUUCAUCUUAAGCGUAAUUUUCCUUGUAUAUCCUAUCUGAUUAAUUCUUUCCAUCAAAAAUUUUAGUUUUGAACCACAUGGGCUCAAGUUUGUGCUGUUCUCGCGAUCCAGAUACCACCAGAAGUAGUACGAUGGGGAACACGAGCGACCGGAGGUGGCAAACCGGCGACGACAACUAUCUAUCGGACACAAGCACCUUCUCCGUGAAGGAGCAAGAGCAUCAGCUUAAGGCUGCCAGAUUGGAGGAGCAAAGACUUGGCCGUGAAGCUGAGAAAGUCAACACAUGGGUCAAACAUGAAUCAGCCAGAUUCGACCAUCGUCCAUAGUUGACCAUUGCUUUGAUUUGACCAAGCUUUCCUAUGUUUUUGUAAACUAUCAAACAGAGUUGUGUAUAAUAUAUACCACACAUUAAUAGUUAUCAAAAUUUUAUGGUUUAGAGAC